AUGGUGGUGGGUCUUCCGGACUCUGACGGAAGGCUUAAGAAAGAGCGCUCUGCGGGGAGUAAUCUUCGCACUAUGAGUCCGCCCAUACAAAGGGCGGCCGAUGGCAAGCCACAACGCCGUCGAGGGAAGAAGCACCUAGCCCUUCCCGCCCCCGGGCCCCAACAGGGCGAGCCAGCCCGUCUUGUCCCUGUUGGGGAGGUUCAAAGGGAUUCGCCACCCCUGAAGGACCCCGAGGCCCUCUCACUGACGGUGUACGUUGGCGCCCCUGCAUCUCGCAGAAAGGGCAAGCGCUCUGCCAAAGCGCUUGACCUUGAGGAGACACCAACAAAGAAGCAACGUCCUGAAGAGGGCCCCGGCCAGACGUCUGCUGUUCCGCAGCAACCCUUGGACUUGCCCACUGGCUACGUGCCAAAUGUGGUCAUAGUCCAUCCACCCGGGCACGACAACCAGCAACAGUUGGAAGUGCGAGGUCGGAAACAAAAGAAAAGGAAGGCCGCCGCUGAGGCGAAGACACUCACCGAAACAGACUACCCGCCCCCUCCAAAGAUCGUUUUCUUCGAACCUGUGUUGAACACGGUCGAACCGUCUUCGGAGCCGGAGAAGGCAAUUCAGAACCCCUUCGACGGAUCAGGGACACACCUUGGAAAACCCGCCCCGGAAUUUCCGGGAUUCAAAGCGGGCGAACAAGGUGUCCCAACGAAGAUCCGCAAAAUUCGUAAGCGGCAUCGAUGCCCCCCAGCCCGGCCCGACUCAGCCAAGCCGAGGGAAGCACUACGGACCAGUCCAGAACCCAAGGCGCAGGGCUCGUUGCCUGUGCUCGAGGGAGAUCAGACCGCUCCGGAAGCGGCUCCCCAGGCGAAAGCUGGGCCUGAAGAGGUCCUCGGGGAUGACUCCCAGCAACACCCACUCAGUGGGGCCGCUGGACAAAGAGGCACCCCCGUCCCUCACUCCGACAACCCGGCACAUCCAGCUGAAGCUGGGCCCGACGUGGACAUGAGGACCCUGCCUGUCGAUGAUCGGAAUAGCAGCCAGUCACACCGCGAGCCACUCCCGGAUACCCAAGGCCGGGAUUCCUUUGACCGCCUCAUUGACAUGAUGAUCGCCCUCUCAGAGAAGGUUCAGACAAUGUCUAACCAACUCGAGGAGGUGCGUCGUUCUGUUUCUGCUGGCGAGAGGGAGGUCGCUAAGCCAGCCACGGAGAAUCUGGGAGCCAUUCCCGACAUUCCCACGGCUAGCGAGGCAGCCUCGGCCGCGCAAAGUCCAUCCCUCCCUCCCACAAAAGGGGUGGACUCGGGUCACAAGACCAAGGGCAAAAAGCCGAAGCAGAAGAAGAAGAAGAAGAAGCCUAAGCCUCGGGCCUCUCCCUCACCUUCGACUGCUACGGCCCCUGCAGCACCUGCAGUGCCGACCUCGACUCCAAAGCCGUCGGGCGAAGCAUCCCCCCCUGCAGUGGCGCUGGUUCCAAAGUCACCGGGCCCCCGCCCCAAGGGGGAGGGCAGCGUGGGGCGAGCUUGGACCUCGCGACAAGUCCCAAGCAGUGACGCGGAAGGCGGGCGCGGCCAAGCCACCAACCUUUGCUGCUUCGAGCUCGGAGGAUGCCUCUGCGCCAACCAAAGCGUCAAAGGACCCAUCAGCCGCACCUGCAAAAUCCGACUCCAGCGCUAUCAGUCAUGGGGGCCAAGCAAAACUCCCAAAGGGCCACCGGUGCACUUUCUGCAGCCGCUUGUUCCGCAGCCGCAAGGAGGUUGA